AUGUUGCAUUUACACAAUUCAUGUGUAUCAGAUAUUGAAAAUAUAGAAUAUAUAUUAAAAAAAAAGGAUUAUAAUGGAAUAAAAACAAAUAGAGAAAUAAAAAAAAUUUUCAAAGAUUUAGGUGCUGCUUAUAAAAACUUUAGUGAAUCAUUAAAAAAAAUUCAUAAUGAAAGUAGCAAUUUAAUUUCAUUAAUUAAAGAAAAUGAUGAUAAAGAUAAUUCAGAACAAAUUUAUUUUUCUGAUUGCUUUCUUAAUAUUGUUUCUCUUAUAAAAAAUAUAUAUGAGGAAAACUUGGCUGUUAGUGAGAAAAUAGAAAAAAAUAUUGUUGAUGAGUUUGAAAAAGAAGAGAGAGAAAGAGUUAGUGAUAUUAAUUCCAUAUAUAAAGAAGAAAUUAGUCUUGAAAACAAUGAAGAGGAAAAAUUCGUAAAAAAUAGUGCUCAUAUAAAUGAAGAAAAAUAUAAUGAUAUACUUAUUGAAGGAAUACCAUUAAAAGAUAUUGAAAUUGAUUUAAAAAGAUGUUUAGAAAAUAAGGAUUUCACAAAUAAAUACUUAAAUCAUACAAAAUACAAGAUUUAUUUUUCCGAAUUAAAUAAAUUAAACUUAAAAUUAGAUAAAGAAAUUUAUUCUUUUAAACAGCUAAUUCAGAAUUUUGGUAAAAAUGCUAGUAAAUUGCUUAUACAUAAAUCAAAAGAAAGAAUAAAUGAUAUUCAAAAUAAAAAAAAAAAUAUUCUUGAAUUUUUAUAUAGCGAUAUAAUGGAAUUAAAAAAAAGUAAAAAUAGUUUAUUAAAUGAAAAUAUUGAAUCAAAAUUUUUAAUAAAUAAUAAAAAUGAAAAAAAAGAAUAUGAUAAUAUGGAACAACAUGAAGAAGAAAAAAAACAGAAUGAAUGUCAUAAAGGUAAAGAUCUGAAAAAUAACCAAAAUACUUUUUUUUCAAAUCUUUAUUUAGAAAAAUUUGAAAUAAGAGAAAAAUAUAGAAUAGAAAAAAUUUAUUCAAGUUUUAGAAUAUUUUUAAAAGCUUUAGCAGUUAAGCAUAUUAAUGUGAAUAAAGUGUUGUACAAAAGUGCUAAUGAAGUAUGUUCAUACGAUUCUCUUAUAGAUUAUCAAAAAUGGUUAAGCUACAUUUUAAAGAAAGACUUAGAUAUUAUGAGUUUACAAGAAAAAAUACAAAAAAAUAACAUAUUGACAAAAGAAGAAGAAUAUUUAUUAAUGCCUUCUGAUUAUAAUUUUUUUAAUAAUAAUUCAGUAAAUUUAUUUGAAAAGAAAAAUGAAAAUAAUUCAUAUUUUCAGAAAGGGGAAUUGAUUUUUAAAAAGCAAGAUUCAAAUAUCAAAAAAGAAAAAAAAGAAAAAAAAAAUGAGAAAGAAAUUAACACUCCUAGGGAUAGUCAAUUCCCCGAUGAAUUCUAUAUCCCUAUAAUAAUAAAAAAAAAUUACAUAAAUUUAACAAAUAAAAAUUCUACCAAUAUAAAGUAUACAAGUAAAAUUAAAGAAGAAAUAAAAAUUAAAGAAUCACUUAAAAAAAAUAGUGUGCAUAAUCAUCUAAAUAUUAGUACAUAUUUAAAUAAUAAUAACAUGAAUAAAGAAAAAGAUAUAAUUACCUUUUUAACAAACAAACAAAAAAACUAUGAAAAAUAUUUAUUACAAUUUAAUAACUUAAUUACACCUAUAUAUCAAAAUGAAAAAAAAAAAGAUAAAAAAAAAUGGUUUGAUAAAAAUUUUUUUCAAGGUUAUUUCCAUGAAGAAGGGCAUAACUUUUAUCCUUUCAAGAUUCCAACAGGUAUGAAUAAUUUAUCGUUUUUUCAAAAUAUUCAUUCUUUUUCAUUAAAUACUAUUGAUUUUGGAGAGAAAGAUAUCAGUGAAUAUGAUUACAAGCUAUUGGCUUAUGAAUCUGUUCUUUUAGUUUAUUAUUAUUUAUCUAUUCAAUUAAAUUGCUAUUUUUUAUUUGAUGUAAGUGGUAAACGUAAAAUCAAUAAAUCAUCUUAUGAAAAACUAUUUGAAAAUUUAUCAUACAAUUCAACAAUUUUAAUGAAUGAUAUUAACAAACACUAUUCUGAAAAUAAUAACAUUAAUGAAGAAGAGAAGAAAAAUAAUAUGAAUAGUGUAAGAGGUAUUAAAAAUAAAGAUAACAAUAAUAUAAAAUAUGAAAAAGUCGAAGAAGAAAAUAAAUCCUCAUCAAAAAAUUCCGUGAAUGAUUAUUUUGAAUAUAUUAGUUAUAUUUAUAAUGUGAAAUUACAAAAUUUAUUAUUAAUAAAAAGAAUAAUAAGUAUAUUUAGAAUAAAAUUAAAUUUGAAUUCUAAAAUAAAUGACCUAAUUACCUUACUUACUAUUCCUAAUCAUUAUAUGAAUUAUGGCUAUAAAUACUCUUUUCACGUUCUUGAUGUGCGUUUUAGAAUAAUUAGGAUUUUAGACAGUUUAAACUUUGAUCAUAUAUUUAAUUCUGAUAAUGAAAAAAAUGAAUGCAACAAACUAAAUUAUAAUAAUGAAUAUAGUAUAUAUAUAAAUUGGUUAAAAAGGCAAUUACAUUUACUGUAUGUAUCCGUAUAUUUAAAAUUUAGUCGUUUUAUAAAAUUUAUUCCUUACUCUAAUUUUUCUUUUUAUCCACAUAUAUUUGAUAAUAUCAAUAUAUUUAAAAAUAAUGAAGAGUAUUUCAGUUACAUAAAUAAAACCAAAGAGGAUAAUUCAUUUAUUAGGUAUAUUAAAAAUGUCCAAGAUAAAAUAAAUAAAAUAUAUAAUUUCAUUUUAAUUAACAAUAGUAACAAAGAAGAUCAAGUAGACAUAAAAAUUAGUAAGAAUUAUCCAGAAAAAAAUGAUAUAAAUUUUGUUAGUUUUAAUUCUUUAGGAAUGGAUGAAAAAAUUAUAUUUUUUUGUAAUUUAUUAUUAAAAAAUAUAAUUAAAUCAUUUCAUAUUAUUUAUAAAUUACAAUAUAUUGUAAAAAAAAGGAAAUGGAAUAAAGGAGUAUACAACGAAAAAAAAGAUCUAUCUAAUUUAGUUAAAUAUUUUACUAAAAUAGAAUAUUAUGAUUUUGAAAUAAGGAAUCUUAUGUCUAAUAUUCAUAAAAGAAAAAAUCAAGAAAUUUCUAAGAAAAAUAGAAAUGAUAUAAAUGAACACAAGAAUAUGUUUUAUGGUAAUAAUACAGGUAAUUUACAUUUUAAUUUUGAACAAAUAUCUGACUACACAAAAAAAAAACAUAAAGAAUAUGAUUAUGAUGUGAAUAUUGAUCAUGAUGAGUUAUUUAAAAAUAUUUUUAUAAAUGAAAUAACAUAUAAAGAAAAAAGUGAUUAUAUUUCAGAAACUAAGAAAAUAACUAAGUGUAAUGAGAAUAAUACUUUAGAUAGAGAUGCAAGUAAGAUAAAUAAAAAUGUGUCUAAUUUUUUUGUAAAAAAAGAAAAUAAAAAUAAAUCUAAUUUUAUUAUAAAAAAAAAUAACAGUAAUGAGAAUAUUGCAAUAGAAACCUAUUUAACAAAAAAAGAAAAAAAAAUUAGAAAAAAAAAAAUUUUUUAUAAAUUAAAUGUAGAAACAGUCUUAUGCUCAUGCUGGUUUAUCGAUAGAAUUCUAUUACAUUUUUUUUUGUAUUUUUAUUUUUCAUGUAUAAUUGACAACACAUCUAAAUCAAAUAUCUUUACAGAUGCACCUUAUAUUACACAAGGAAUAAUUUUAAUUACUUAUUAUUUACAAUCAGGAAAUGAUUUAACUUUAAAAACUAAAAAGAAAUAUAAUGAAGGGUUAGAAUCUACCUUAAUUCCUAUUUCAACUUUUAUACUUUAUUUUGUCAUUCAUUUAUUUUAUUCUUUUUUUGAUAAAGAUUUAUUAUCAUUAGAAGGAAAUAAAGAGCAAGAUCGUUUACAAUUAUUUUUAAAAAGUAGAAAUAAUGAUAACAAAGAAAAAGAAAUAGAUGUAAAUAUAAGAGAUAGUUAUUCCAAUUAUAAGAAUCAAAUUAUUACUGUUCAAAAUGCAAGCAAAUUUUAUUUUAUAGUCAAAAAUUUUGAGUACUUCUUAUCAUAUAGAACAAUUGAUGAAAAUAUAUUAGAAAAUAAUAAAAAUAAUAUUGAUUUAAAUAAUUUCGAACAUUAUGAAGAAUAUUCAUAUAGUGAAGAAACAGAAGAAAAAGAACAUUCCUCCAUUAAAAAAAAUGAACAAGAGAAAAAACAAGAAAAACAUAAAAAAAAAAAAAAAAAAAAAAAAAAAAAAUUUUUUGUAUGUGCUGCUGCUCCAAAAAAUAGUAAUUCUUAUGAUGAUUAUGCAACUAUGGAUGAAGAGUGUAAAAGAAAAAUAGAAAAGAAAAAAAUAAAGAAAAAACAGAAAAGUGAUGAUAUGAUAUAUUUAAAAAGGUACUAUAAUAUUUUAUCAUUUUUUAAUUAUAAUCAUUUGGAAAAUUUACUCAAUCCAUAUGUUCCUAGUAUUUUAUCCUACUAUUUAAAUAAAGAAUUUUAUACAAAUGAUUAUUUUUUUUUUAAUUUUAUUUUUUCAAAUAAUGAAAAAAAAAUAAUAAAAAAUAUAAAUUAUGAAUCAAAUAUAAAAUAUAAAAACAAUUAUGAUCACUCUAAUAUAAUUAAUAAAGAAAAUAAAAAUGAAACAUAUUUAGAUGAUAUUUAUGAAGAUAAUUAUAGCUCAAAUUAUGAAUCAGAUAGUAAUAAGAAUGUUUUAUCUUAUAAAAAAAAAUAUACAAAUAAUAAGAAAUGCAGAAAUAUACAUAAUACAGGAAUUAAUAAUAUUAUUAUAAAAUACAAUACCAAUAAAAAUUUUUAUAACUUCUCAUUAAUUAAUAUAUCGAGAAUUGAGAAAAUUAUGAUAGAUAUUAUGUAUAUGAGAAUAAUUAGUUGUGAUUUUAGAAAUUACUUUUUUCUUAUUUUUUGCAAUUAUAGAAAAUUUAUUGAUAUGUAUUCCUUACCUUAUAUAUUAGAUAUAUUUAUAAUUCUUCACAGUUUCUUUAUAAUAAAUGGUAAUAGUAAAAGACCAAAGAGAUUAAAAACUCAUAACAUAAAAGAUGAAAACAAAAAUAAAAAAGAAAAAGAUCCACAAAAUGAUCUUUUACAAUACCAAUACAUUGAUUGUAUUAAAAAUGAAAAAGAGAAUAAUGAUCUAUUUGAAUUUACUUAUAAUAUUUGUGUUGAAGAUGAUGAUAUUAAUAAAUAUAAUGAAGAAAAUGAUAAUGGUGAAGAAAAUAGGCAUGAUACAAAAGAAAUUAUAUAUAAGAAAAAAGAGAAGAAAGAAAAUAUUUCCUUUAUUGAUAAUAGUGAUAAUUCAAAAAAAAAAGAAAAAAAAAAAUUUCAAGAUAACACAAAGAAUUUUAAUAAAGAAGCUUUAAAUGAAAAUGAUAUUUUUAAUAAUAAUUUAAAAAAAUUUACUAAUAAUAAUUCGUAUAAUAAUGAUUCAGAAAAUAUUAAAAAUUUUAACAGUGAUAAUAAUUUAAGUACUCAUAGGUUAUCAAAUUAUUUUAAAUAUUUUAUAUAUAAUAGUUCCAAAAAUAUAUUUUAUAAUAUCAUAUGUAGUUUAAAGGAUGAUAUAGAAUUAAGUAAUAACGUUAAUUAUGACAAUUUAAUAGGUGAUGAAAAUGAUCAAAACAAACAAAAAUAUCAAGAGAAUGAUUAUGUUAAAAAUAUAACAAAUGGAAUAGAAAAUAUAAAUAAGAACAUAUCUAUGAAUGAAGUUGAUAUAGAUAAAAAUAAUGAUAAUAAAAAAAAGAAUUAUUUGCAAAAUUCUAAUGAUAUUAUAAUCAACCAUUAUGUAGAUAUUAUAAAAAAAUACAUAAAUGAAAUUAUUGUUGAAAUUUUAUUUUUUUCUAACAUAUGGAAACAUUAUUUGCCAUUAGAAGAACAUCCAUUAAUAGUUUUAUAUGCAGCUAAUAAAACAUUAUAUUAUGAAGUUAUAAAAGUUAUUAAAUAUUUUAAAGAUAAUAAAAGUUUAUUUAAUCAUUCAUUAUCCAUUAUUGUCUCUUUAUACAACUUCAAUUUGCUAAAUAAAGAAAUUGUCUUACAAACUAAUACCUAUAUGAAAUAUCAAUCAUUUGGAAAUAAAAAUUAUGAAAUAUCUUCUAAAAAAGAAAAAACAAAAAAUGAUAAUUGUUUUAAGAGUGACAAUAUGAACUGUAAUGAAUCAAAUAAUAAUAAAAAUAAAAAUAAAAACGAAAAAAUGAAAAAUAAAGUUUUACAUUAUUACGAAAAUAGAAACUCUUUUAAAGCAAGUAGCAUUGAUAAAUUGAAUGGGUACUUAAAUAAUGUGCUUAAUAAUGAAAUUAAUAAAAGUGAGGAAAAAGUUUAUAAUAAGAAUUCAGAUAAAGAUGAUAUGUUUAUAAAUUUAUCAUUAAUAAUUUCUAAUUCUAAUAAUCCAUGUAUGAUAAAAUUAAUGUUCAUGUUAGAAAAAAUAUUCAUUAAAAUUAUUGAUGAAAAAUUAGAGGAAAAAAAAAAUUUACUAACAGAAUGUUUAAAAAAUGAAAAAUUAGUUCCGUUGAAUUUUCCAGAUAUUAUCUAUAAUUCAACUUCUGUUGAUAUCUUUUCAAUCAUUUCUCAUAUUUUAGAGGCUUUAUUUGAAUAUAAAUGCCCAGUAGAGUGGAUUAUUACACCAUUUUUAGAAUUUUUAAAUGGUUUUAUAAAUAAAUAUUGUGAAAAUUAUAAAAAACUUUAUUCUUCUUUCAUUAUAUCUGUACUAAAUCAAUAUGCAGAUAAAUAUUUUAACGAUUUAUUAAAUUUAAAGGAACAGCAAAAAAUACAAUGGAAUAAAUAUUCAAAUGAUAAAAAAAAAAGAAAAAUUAAAAAAAACACUGAAGAAAUAUCUAAUGAAGUUAAUAUAUUUAGAAUAAAUGAUAGAGAAGUAAUUGGAAAUGAUGAAGAGGAGGAAAUAAUUGAUAGUAAUAUUGAAGAAGAAUUUAACGAUGUUAAUGAAAUAACAAAAAGAAUAAAAGACAAAAAGAAGAAAAAAAGUGUUUUUUACAAAUUAUUUGAUUAUGAAGAAAUUGACUUAAAAAAAAAAAAUAAAAUUAAUGAAAAAUUAGGAGAUAGAAAUGAUUUAUCUAUGAAAAAGUUGAAUUCAAAAAACACAGCUAUACAAAAAGGUUCUGUUUAUUAUCACAAAAAAUUGAAUGAAGAAGACGAAUUAGAAAUAAAUGAAGAAUAUAAAGAAAGAAAAAAAAAAGGUAUGUAUAUGAGUAAAGAUUUGAUAAAUAUUAUAGAAGAAAUAAAUUAUUUAUUUAAUGACUCGGAUUUAUCAAAUUCGUUAGUUAUAACAUGGAACUUGUACUUUUUUUUAGAACAAUUACCUUUAAUAAAAAAAAAAUUUGAAAAAUAUAUUUUAGAAUAUAUUUGUGCUCGUACGAAAAAUGUAGAAAAAAUUACUCAAAUUUUUAAUAACUAUAUUGAAUUUAAUAUAACUAUAGAAAAAUUACAGAAAAAUAUUUAUACAAAAACAAUAUUGGAUGUUUUAGAUACUUCUAUUAAUAAUAUCAAAAAUACUAUAAAUAAUACAUUGUAUUAUAUAUUUAAAAUUUUGUCAAUAAGAAUUAUUUGCUAUGAGUUUCAAGAAGAAAUAUUCUACAACCUUUAUGAUGAUUUUCAUUCAAAUAACAUUAUGAAUAUAGUGAAUAUUUUUCCAAAUACUAUAGAAAAAUUUUUUAUUCAAUUACCUAGUAUUUACUUUAAAAGUAUAUUGACUGUAUUUAUAGAAUUAUUUAUAAAAAUGUGGAUGCUAAUAAUAAUUGAAAAAGGUUUCUCAAAUUUUACUUACACUGAUGAUCAUAUGAGCAUUUUGAAAACAGAUAAUCAAUAUAUAAAAAAUUAUAUUCAUAUUAAUAAUAUCCAAUCUACUCAUUAUUUCUUAAACAAAAAAUAUAAUAUUAAUGAAUAUAUAGAUAUGUUUUUUGAUAAAUUACAUAAUAAUCGUAACAUGUUUAAUAAAAUAAUCAACGAUCAAAAACAUAAAAAAUCUAAAAAUAUUGUUUCAUCAGCAUAUAAUAAGGGAAUGGCAAUUAUAACAGGAAAGAAUAAUCAUGAAGAAAAAAAAACAUGGAAAGACAAUAUUUUUAAUUUUUCUAAAAAAAAAGAUAUAAAUUAA